AACGCUUGAGCUGGUGGACGUCAAACAUAUCGAUGAUGUCACCCUCACACUGCUGUACGUUACGUCUUGUGGUUACCAACGGAAUGGUUCAAUUAAUUAACGUACGUACACUGUUCAAGUGUAAGCACGACGAUUCAGCAAAACCUUACAACGGUCCAUCACAUGAUAUAUAUCUAUGAAUGCGGUCGAGACAGUUGCAAUUGUUGAGCUCCGUCUAGAAGUUACUGGCCAUGGCCAAGAGCUCUCGUCUCUCUCGUCGUUUGUUCGUUGUUUGUUUCUCUCUCUUCUGUCUCGUUGACUUUCCAAACGUUUACUCGGCUCCGGUAGCAACGACGCCACCAGCACCAUCACCAUCAUCAUCAUCAUCAUCAUCAUCAUCAUCAUCAUCAUCAUCAUCAUCAUCAUCGAACGGAAAGCUGGCUAUAAGCUGCUUGUCUGGAAAUUGUCAGUAUAACACCACAUCUGUUACAGUUGGAGGAAAGAUACAUUUUCUCUGUCUGACAGCAGAAAGACACCAUGUGUCUGAACAAGUUUUCUGGUUCCACAAUGGCAGAAAUAUAUUGAACAGACCUUGUAUUACUAAUAGUAUUACUUUACAAGAACCAUGCAUCAUGUUGGGUACACAUUUUGAGACACUCGUUAUUAAUUCAUUGUUGACAUCUGAUGCUGGAAAUUACAAGUGUUGUAAUGCUAACUGUGUUAGCUCCUCACAAGAUAUUUUAGUCACUGUGCUCCAGACAUUGGUCAUCACAGAACCAAUACUGCCAAAGAAACAAAUCUCAUCUGCACCUACAACAAGUACUAACAUGAUGAGAUCAACGCCUGCAAUCAGCACUCCUGCAUCAUUAGCUACUCAAUCGGCAGAUCCUGUAACAUUCUCUACUCUAAUGAAAGGGACUGAGAUGUCUACCAGGUUUCAGAGUGUUACAGCAGGGAUCACCUCCAAAGCUACAGAGACGAUAACGGUGGAUCCUGAAGGUACGAUGUACCUCAGACUUACUAAUUCUGUGGUGGACAAAACUGUCAUAGGAAACAACAAAGAUAGUGGAGGAAGCCUUGAUGAGAAAGUGCUGGUCAUUGCUGGUGCUUUUGUCGGUGGUCUUGUCAUUGUGGUCAUCAUUGUCAUCAUCUGUGUGCUAGUGUUCACCAGUAGAUGUCAGCAACCAUCAAAAAGAAAUAGUGAAGAACAUUUGUCUCAACCAUCUAACUCUCACAAUAUUACGAGAGACAAAGACCAUCCACAAUAUGAUCUUGUUUUCAUACAGCCCGUUUGUGACGAGAGUCGACCUGAUGCUUCUGAUUUGUUCAGUCAAGUAAACAGCAUAGUUCGAGUUCAUCACCUUCAAGACAUGGAGAAGCGAAUUAGAGGUGAUAUUAGUCAAACUGGAAAUCAACUUGGCAAGCAAGUAGCAGAAUUCGGAGAUCAAGUUGCUGACCUUGGAGAUGAACUUGCUGAACAUGGCAAUCAACAUAGAAACAGCUACGGUGCAUCUGUGGUGCAUACAAGUUCCAGCCGAACAGAAACAGUCUUAUAAUGUUGUAUAUAAUAUUUAUUUUAUAUGCAAUGUUUUGAGGCUGGGGUUUAUAUUAAAUAGAAACAUUUCUCAAAUUAAAUAUUUAUUUAUGACAAGAUUGAUCUCGAGUAUGGUGAUCAGUGCUGUCUUCUCAAUUAUUCUGUGACUAUGAGACAUUGCAUGGGA